UAAUGUCAAUCAAACAAUAUUUACACCAGAAGGAACCAAGGCACGCUUUGUGUAUAACAUAACAGACGGCAUAUUCCGUAUGGCAAAGACAUCAGGGUCUACUAUAGGAUAUCUUGUUUAUCUACGUAUAGCCAAUGCUAAUAUUACGUUAAGCCUUUCAGACAGUUUCUUUUUUAAUGAUGCUUGGGAAAACAAAACAAAUAUAAGCAUUUCAUUUCACUCUGAUAACCAACCCUAUUUGAGAAUAGAUUUGGACAACGUCAGUAUGGAAGACAAUGGGACGUAUUAUAUGUAUAGCCGUGCUUACGUUUGUGUUAUCCUUUAUGUAAUGCAAAUAAAAGCUAAACCAAGCUUAAAUAGAGAAGAGAAUGACUCGGUCUAUGUGUUUGCACAUCCGCAAUCUUCACUGAUAAAGCGGCCGUUAACGAACGCAACUUUGGUCUGGUUAUUAGAUGGUAAAUCUGUCAAUCAAUCUGCCAGGUUUAUACAACAAGAUGGUCUUAUUUGGAUACCAAGGAUUAGAAGAGGCCUCAAUGGAAGGAAUGUAACUUACCGCGCUAUACAGGAUGACGGGAGAAUCACCGAUGUAAAUGCCACAGUAACUGUUAGAUACGGACCAAGCCAUCCUCUGACGCUGGUACCAAGAAAGACACACUACUAUAUGGUCAGUGGAGAUAUCAUGCCUGAUAUAACAUGUACAUCUGAAUGUAAUCCAUCAUGUAACAUUUCCUGGGGAGAACACAGCGAGAGAGAGACACUCAGUCUUGGAACUGUUACGAAGGAAGAUUCUGGAGAGUACACAUGUACUGCUAGUAGAAUUGGUGGCCAGACCAUACAGCAGACUGUCAGUAUUUCUAUUGCUGAUCGACCACUUCAAUCCCUCGCGUUGUCACCAAGAAAGACACACUAUAAUUUGGGUAGUGGAGACGCUAUGCCUGAUAUAACAUGUACAUCUGAAUGUAAUCCACCAUGCAUCAUAUCCUGGGGAGAACAUAGCAAAGACAACAUUCUUAGUCUAGGAGACGUUACGACAGAAGAUACAGGGGAAUACACGUGCACAGCAAGAAGAUUGGAUGGUCGGAGUGUUGAACAAACUGUCAGCGUUUACGUUUCUGACAACUCAAAUUUUACCAUAGCGAUUAUAUGUUUAGCGACAGUUCAAUCACUUACUAUCAUUGCGCUUGGGUUGUGUACAUUUUUCAUUUACAAAAGGAAAGUUCCGUUUGGUUGUAAGCAACUUUCAGAGUUCGUUUCCAAGAAUAAAACAGACACAACAGUCACCUUUUCUCAAUCGAGCGUGCAUGGAUCUGAAAAUAGAAUGUAUGAGGACUUGAAACAUGGAACAAGAAACAAUGUUUACGGCGAAGUUAAUUUGUCUAUCAUAGGAGAUGAUGCUACAGCAAGUACAUAUGAAAACAUGAGCAUUCCGGAAAGAAACAAAGCUGCAGCCGAAAAUUAAAAUAUUCCACUCGUUUGUCAUAUGAACACAUGCAUAACUAAAUAGUAUUUACAUGCGGUAAAAACAGACAUUUUCUCAAAGACUAAUUUUCAAAAGUUCAAAAGCGCUUAUACAAGAAUUAGACAUCGUUUAAAAGUUUAUUUGUGCAAAGACAUUCAAAUUUACAAGUAUAUCAGGCUCUUUUAGAAGGAUAUUUUGUACUCAAUAAUUUUCUGGAAUUUUCUAAGACAACAAGGUGUACUGUGAAUUAUCAUUGAAAAAUUGCAAAUGCAAAAAGAAAUAAAAGGUUCUUACUUGAUUUAGGGAACGCAAAAAGGUAACAAGAAAGAAAAACAGAUAAACGGCGCAGCUGUUCAAUGAAAUAUUUAAAAUCGAUUGAAAAUUAGUCUACAAGCAACUGUUUUGAAUGAAACUGAACAAAAUAGUAUUUGCUUUGUAAAUGUGUUGUUAGUGAAUCAUAAGAUGACUUAUUUAUCCGGUAUUUUUGUCUGAGUGUUGUAAAAAUAUGAAGAGUGUUUUGCUUUUUUCUUUUUUUU